AUGUCAGAAGGAAAGCUAGUUUUAGUUUCAUUGGUGACUUUGAUAAUGUCGAUAGUUGCCAGGUCUGCAAGAUUCAAGAAUUUCGUCUCUUCAGUAUUUUCUGAAAAGGUAUUUGAUAAAGAUAUUAUAAUAAAUAGUCCCACUCUGAAAUUAACAUCGCAUAUACCGUUGCAAUUUGAAUCAGGGAACGUGUCGACUUUCAAGAAUUUGAAACAAACUUUGAGGGCGUUUGAAGAGUAUGGUAUUAGGGCGAGAGAUCAAAACAAUAUAUUGAUCAGUAGAGCCAAUGGUUUUGACGCCAUUGUCCACAACCAAUUACGGGUGAUUGGCUAUUUUGAUAAACUUGAUGGUGUUCAAGAUGGUAUCAAUAGGAAUACAAUUGUUACGAAGAAGAUAAUCAAAACUAUUCUAUCGAAUUUGACUUUUGCAAACUAUUUUGAUUCGUCGAUUUCAAAUGAUUGGAAGUUAGAAAUUAAGAGGCUUUGCGACAGUUUUGGUUAUAGGAUUGAUGAACAAUCCAAGGUAUUGGUUCAAAUUCCAGAUCAUAAAGUCACAUGUAUGUUUAAUAACCCUCUAUCUAGAGUGAUUGAAUCAAUAUCCCAUUUAUGUAAAGAUUAUUCAGAAAACUUUGAAAUAGAAAGAAAACCAAUAAUCAAAUUCAUCAAGGGUCAAUUAGACAAACUUGAUGUUAGUUCAAAUGAUUUGCUGGUUGUGCCAGGAUCAGGUGCUGGUUUCCUUUCGUGGCAAUUAGCAACUUCGUACCAGAACGUCAAAGUGGAUUCAAUUGAAUUGUCAGGGUUGAUGUAUCUCACUAAUUUAUUUGCAAUGAAUUAUAAGGAAAAAGAUAUAAGAAUUUACCCAUUUGUUCAGUUUUAUUCGGGACAAAAAAAUUUGGAGAACCAGUUGCUAGAGAUGCAUGUUCCAUUGGAAAGAGUGAAGAAGCCUGAAAAUUUGAAUCCUCUAUGGGGCGAUUUUACCGUAUAUAUGCCGGUAUCAAACAAGCAUGAUAAGAUUUUUGUGAUAACAGCCUAUUUCAUUGAUACUGCAGAGGAUUUAAUCGAAUAUGUCAAGGCUAUUGAAGCAUUGAAAAAAUAUUGUAAAAAGGUGCAUUGGAUUAAUGUGGGACCUUUAAAAUAUGGCACCCAACCAAAGAUACAGUUAAAUGGUGAAGAAUUAGCGAGAUUGAGAAAAAUCAGAGGAUGGACUGACACUUUUGAGAGCUACUCCAAUGAUUGCGAGGGCGGUCUGAACGGGUAUUUGACCGAUACAAAUUCUUUAUAUCAAGGUUAUUACGGACAUUUACAAUUUCAUUCUUAUAUAUAA